AAAUGCAUGUGGACAUAGAUGAGAGUAUGUAUAGCAUAAUACAGCCCGUCAGCAUGAUCUAACUCUACAAACUACAGCCAAAGAGAAGCUGAAAAGGAUCUAUGACAGGCUGUGUACUGAUAAUGCAGCCGUAUCAGCCGAACAGGACUCUGGAGAUAGUGUUUCUGAGCUACCGGAAUGGAGACCAGCCGUUUACAGAAAGUGUGUUUAUAAGUGGCUAUGCUGUGGUGGCUGGUGCUGCAGAAAGACUUGUGCUUGGAUAUGACAGCUUUGGGAACAUAUGUGGUCGGAAGAACACUCCUGUAGAAGGGGCAAAUCUUUCUGGAUUGGACAUGACUAAUAAAAAGUAUGUGUUCUUUCUGAAUUCAUGCAGCCUGGAAAUACAAAGCCCCAAAAUCAGUUCACUUUCCUUGUGCGUGUCAAGUUGUCCACAACAGCAACUCAACUCUUUGGAAGAUCUACAGAGUUUUGCAAGGAAUAAUGGUUCUUUCCUUUGUGUUUACAGCCUGAAUGUUUCCAGUUACACAGUAAAUCCAAAGGCAGCUCAGCUGUGUCCUACACUGCCAGUUCCACCAACUAAAUCCUUUCCAUUAUUUAAUCGCUGUGUUCCACAAAAUCCUGAAUGUUAUUCCAAAUAUGCAUCUGUCCUCAUAAGUAUGGUUAAUGAAAUGGAUGUUUUUCACCGAAUUCUGAGUGGAAUAUUGGCAGGAAGAGAUACUGUGAUAGGACUGAGUGUCCUUGCACUAGCCUUCUCUUUGAUACUGGUUUUAGCCUUCAGAUUCAUUCAGACCCUCUUCAUCCAUACUCUGAUUGCACUGGUUGUGUUUGGGUUGUUGUUUGUGUCAGGUGUGCUCUGGUGGCUCCAUUACGACUACAGGAAUGACCCCAGCACUGAACUGGAAACAGAAAAGGAAAAUGUAAAAUUCCUACUUGGAUAUGCCAUCUUCUCAACAAUCAUCACUGUUGUUCUGCUCUCCCUUAUAUAUGUACUAAGAAAGAGGCUUCCUUUCUCUGUUCAGCUCUUUAGAAUUGUUGGCAAAAUCAUUGGCAGAAUUCCUUUCCUCCUGUUCCAGCCACUCUGGACUUUUCUGAUUCUCAUUGUGUUCUGGGUAUUUUGGGUUGCUGUACUGCUUAGCUUAGGAACUGCAGGUACUGCACAGGCCACUUCAGGAGGACAAGUAGAAUACAGAGCUCUGUCUGGAAUUUGCUACAUGGCAUGGUAUCAUUUCGUUGGCCUUAUCUGGACUAGUGAAUUCAUUCUUACCUGUCAGCAAAUGGUCAUUGCUGGGGCAGUGGUUACUUGUUAUUUCAACAGAAAUAAAAAUAACCCACCACCUCACCCAGUCCUGUCAUCCAUAUCAGUGCUUUUCUGCUACCAUCUAGGAACUGCUGUAAAAGGCUCAUUUCUAAUCACAAUACUGAGAAUACCAAGGAUUGUUCUCUUGUACCUUUGCAACAUCCUAAACCAAAAGAAGAAUGCAAAGCACCUGUUUGACUGCUGUUCCUGCUGGGUUUGCUUCCCGAAAAGUUGCUUAAGAUACUUUAACCAGCAUGCAUACACAACUACAGCCAUAAAUGGGACAAAUUUUUGUACAUCAGCAAAGGAUGCUGUCUGUAUUUUGGCAAGGAAUUCUGCUAAACUUGCAUCCAUUAGCUGCUUUGGAGAUUUUCUCCUAUUUUUAGGAAAGGUGUUUGUUGUGUGCUUCACUGUUUUUGGGGGAUUGAUGGCAUUUAACUACCACCGGGAGUUGCAAGCUUGGGUGGUUCCUCUGUUGCUGGUUGGAUUUUUUGCCUACCUGAUGUCCCACAGCCUUCUGUCUGUGUUUGAAGUGACAGCAGAUGCCAUGUUCCUUUGCUUUGCUAUUGAUAUGGAAACAAAUGAUGGAACUGCAGAGAAGCCAUACUUUGUGGAUCAGGAGCUGCUGACCUUUGUGAGUCAGAGUAACAAGUUAACAGAAGGGCGAAACCACAGAAACACAAGACCAUUCCAGGAUAAUGAAGAUGGGACAGAGCUCCAGCCUAUGACUUGAAUGUGAAGUACACCAGGAGGUGUGGAAGGAGAGCAGCAAUAGCACAAACAGUCAUAUCAGCAAAGGUUACCAAUAGCCCAGGACAAAGUAUUAGCUCCCUAAAUCUGUUGUAUCUUCUGCACUGAUAAAAUGACACACAAUCUGUUUGUAUCAAUAAAAUAUUUUGUGUGUCAUCACAUCUGAUUUUUAUUACUACAUUUGUUGUGAUGGUCUGAAAGUUGAUAAUAAACUCACUCUUUGUAAAUUUC